ACAUAUUCCAGUAUUCAAAUAUUCUCAGUUUCAUUAUUGUCUUGAUGUCACACACCACAAAACACAGGAACAAUUGCAGGACAAAAAUGAUUUAUUUUGCGUUUUCACACACAAACAGUCACCACACAAAUAACAAAUGAACUAAAAGUCUGAGGAAUAGCUUUGUGCUGGAAACAUCACACAGCAAAACAAGAGCUAUUUGAUCUGGCUCCAUUUGGUUGGUUCUGGGAUAUGUGCAUGCAUGUCAUUUUCACAGCUUAUUAUUGGACUGUCACUGGUGGCCUGCGUUGUGAGUGAGAAUGACAGAGAUGUGAUUCCGACAACUUCAGGCAUCCGCCGUCCAAAAGUCCAAGCAGACCGCACCAAGCACACUCCUUGAUCGCCUGAGCGGAUCCUGCUCUUUUUAUCCUGCGCCCCUGCUGUCACCCUCCAGCAUCGCAGCUCAAGUUACACUGCGCAUGUGCAAUCCCCCCAUGUUUGACCCCGUGUCCCAGCCUUCUCUUGAAUAGUCUUGACUUCACACUGUUUGAGCAAGAUGGCGUCUGUUGGAAACCUGUGUUAGCGGAGUGUCUUUGUUGUGUUUUUAAAGUGUGAACAUGUCUAAAAUCCAAAUGCUGAGAGCGUUGGUGCAGCAGCGACUAACUGCGGCUGCCGAAGAGAUAUUUGGGCUGGUUGAAAGAACGAUAGCAGAGUACGAGGAGGAACUUUGUCGAUCAAAAGAGGAGAACGAGCGACAACGGAAACUAAUGGACGCUGUUUUCAACCCUCAGCUUCGGUUACACAGAGCAGACGUCCAGCAGCUGUUGGUGGUUAAAGAAGAGGUUCCCCCUGAGCAGCAGGAGUGGAGCUCCAGUGUGGACCAGGAGGACCCAGAGCCUCCACACAUUAAAGAGGAACAGGAGGAACUCUGGAUCAGUCAGGAGGAAGAGCAGCUUCAAGGGCUGGAGGAGGUUGAUAUCACCAAAUUCAUAUCCACCCCUGUCCCUGUGAAGAGUGAAGAUGAUGAAGAGAAACCUCAGUCCUCACAGCUUCAUCAAAGACACACUGAACAGAUGGAAACAGAAGCAGAGGGAGAGGACUGUGGAGGAGCAGAACCAGCCAGGAACUCAGAUCCAGAUACACAUUUACAACCUGAGACUGAUGACAGUAAUGACUGGAAGGAGACCAGAGAACCUCAGUCAGGUUUAAACUGUCUGAAAAAUGAUGAAGUCCCUGUGAGUGAUUUGAUUGUUUGCGAGAAACCAUUUAGCUGCUCUGAGUGUGGGAAAAGAUUCAGUCAGAAGGGACAUCUGAGGAUUCACAUUAUGUGUCAUACAGGAGAGAAACCAUUUAAGUGCUCUGAGUGUGGGAAAAGAUUUCGUGAGAAGGGACAUCUGAGGAUUCACAUGAGAUCUCAUACUGGCGAGAAACCAUUUAGUUGCUCUGAGUGUGGGAAAAGAUUUGGUCGCAGUGGAAAUCUGAGCAGACACAUGAGAUUGCAUACAGGAGAGAAACCAUUUAGUUGCUCUGAGUGUGGGAAAACAUUUUGCCGAAAUCAUGAUCUGAAGGCACACACUAUAUCUCAUACAGGUGAAAAACCCUAUAGCUGCUCUGAGUGCGGGAAAAGAUUUGGUCACAGCAGUGAUAUGAAGAGACACAUGAGAUCUCAUACAGGGGAGAAACCAUUUAGCUGCUCCGAGUGUGGGGAAAGAUUUCAUCUAAGGGCACAUCUCAUGAAACACAUGAGAUCUCAUAUAGGGUGGAAACCAUUUAGUUGCUCUGAGUGUGGGAAAAGAUUUCGUCGGAGGGAACAACUGACGAGACACAUGAGAUCUCAUACUGGAGAGAAACCAUUUAGUUGCUCUGAGUGUGGGAGAAGAUUUGGUCGCAGUGGAAAUCUGAAGCUACACAUGAGAUUGCAUACAGGAGAGAAACCAUUUAGUUGCUCUGAGUGUGGGAAAAAAUUUUGCCGAAAUCAUGAUCUGAAGGUACACAUGAGAUCUCAUACAGGUGAAAAACCAUAUAGCUGCUCUGAGUGCAGGAAAAGAUUUGGUAACAGCAGUGAUAUGAAGAAACACAUGAGAUCUCAUACAGGUGAAAAACCAUAUAGCUGCUCUGAGUGCAGGAAAAGAUUUGGUAACAGCAGUGAUAUGAAGAAACACAUGAGAACUCAUACAGGUGAAAAACCAUAUAGCUGCUCUGAGUGUGGGAAAAGAUUUGGUCACAGCUGUGAUAUGAAAAAACACAUGAGAUCUCAUACAGGGGAGACACCAUUUAGCUGCUCCGAGUGUGGCGAAAGAUUUCGUCAGAGGGCACAUCUGACGAAACACAUGAGAUCUCAUAUGGGGUAGAAAUCAUUUAGUUGCUCUGAGUGUGGGGAAAGAUUUCGUUGGAGGGGACAUCUGACGAGACACGAGAUCUCAUGUAGGGUAGAAACCAUUUAGAGAGGAACAGGACGAACUCUGGAUCAGUCAGGAGGGAGAGCAGCUUCAAGGGCUGGAGGAGGAUGAUAUCACCAAGUUCACAUCCACUCCUGUCCCUGUGAAGAGUGAAGAUGAUGAAGAGAAACUUCAGUCCUCACAGCUUCAUCAAAGACAUACUGAACAGAUGGAAACAGAAGCAGAGGGAGAGGACUGUGGAGGACCAGAACCAGCCAGGAACUCAGAUCCAGAUACACAUUUACAACAUGAAACUGAUGAGAGUGAUGACUGGAAGGAGACCGGAGAACCUCAGUCAGGUUUAAAUUAUCUGAAAAGUGUCUGUGAGUAAUUUGAUUGUCUGUGAGAAAUGAUUUAGUUGCUCUGAGUGUGGGAAAAGAUUCGGUCGCAAUGGAGAUCUGAACAAACUUGAGAUCGCAUACAGGAGAGAAACCAUUUUGUUGCUCUGAGCGUGGGCAAACGUGGUUACAGUAGUGUUAUAAAGAAACACAUAAGAUCUCAUACAGGAGAGAAAUCAUUUAGCUGUUCAAUUUGUAGAAAAUCGUUUACACUGUGUAUAUUUACAUGCAUACAUGAGGAGAACUCAUGAUGGGGAAAACUGAUUCAGCUGUUCGGUUUGGAAACUAAAUCUUUUAUUUGGAAAAAGACUGUAAAAAACAACCGUGAGAACUCGUACAGGACAAACACUUUUCAGCUUCAAUGUCUGUAUGAAAUCUUUUACACAAACUGGACAGUUACACAAAUACAUUAAAUCCCACACAACAGAGAAACCUUUCAGCUGCAGUGUUUGUCACUAAAGAUUCACUUGACCUUAACAACUCAGAUGCUAUCAAUGUUUUGUUUGUUAGUCUGCACAGCCUCAUCAAACUCAAACUGAGGAGAGCAGAGAGGCAGACACUCAAUACUAACCAAAAACAAUUAAGUUACUCAGUGUGGGGUAAAAAGAUUUGUCUGUCAGAGAUGCUCAGUUUUUUCAGUCCACAGCUCCUCUGCAUAGUCUCUGCCAUCUUUCCUUUUCUCAUCUUAUGUGCAGCAGCACUGUGCAGUCAAGGGCUGGGCCGUGGGCUGAUGCGGACAGGCACAUCAGAGGGGACGCCGCUGGGCGACUUUCAUGACUCAGCCUUCAUUUGGAAUUGUGUUAUCAGCUUUACACUCCCAGUUUGGAGAACUGGCAUGGUUAGGUCGCUUCCCAAAGUCACACAACAACACAAACUAACUGUCCAAUUGAAGGGCAGCUGAAGAACAGUGACUCAUUGUGUUCUGUGAAGUAAAAUUACUGAUUCUGUCAGUGGAGUCUGGUUGUUUUUAGGAGAGCAUCAUGUAACUGCAUCAGUUUACCAUUGUAAGAGACUGUCUGACAGCAAGGUGAGGUGUUGAAAAUACUCUUAACAAAGUGUUCUUUUACAUUGGUGAUCCUUUUCUUUCAUGUGGUGAAGAUAGGUUUGCUGCUGCCCCCGUCCAGUCACCAGACUCCUUUGAUAGAAACAGCAAUUUUUUUUCUCCCUGGCUCUCAUGCCAUUUUUGGUCUCCUCUGUGUCCCCUCUCUAACUUCAGAGGAUUUUACGGGUUCAGGAACGCAGCGCAGGCGGAAGUCUUCAUGAGGUGUUUUUUUUU